AUGGGCCUUGCAAAGGGUAAAGCCUUGCCAACACGAAAUGACCUGUUCCUGGUCACACUGAAACUGUUGACGCGGAUGUCCCGGCAAGAAAUCAUAUCCGUGUACAAUAGGGAAUUCGAUGCCACGGCUGUCCCUGGGGAUGCUAGGAAUCGCGAGGGAGAGCAAUCCCUGCAAACUCGCUCUCCUGGAGUCUCGACAGAGUCAGCAGUAGCCAACCAUCUGCUUGCUCCUCCUCCUCCUCCACAUCUUGCUUCACCAGCUAUAGCCGAUCUUCACCAACGGGUGUCAUCUUCCGCGAUGUUUGAUCCCCGUGUGCAGUCUGCCAUGGAGGCCACUCAGACCCCUUUCACGGUACACCAGCAGAUUCCAGAUCCGGCAUUCUGGCACGAUACCACGCACUCUUCGUGGUCUUCCCACCCUAUGGUUCCUGCAAUGUACCAAACGACCAUAGCGCCGGACGAGUCUUAUCCCUCCACAUAUCAAUUAAUCGAAGGAUCCAUGUCAGAGUCCGGUCCAUCGGGGACUACAUCGCCAGCUCACAGUCGCAGCCAUCGAUGA